AUGCGGGCGAGAAGCUGCCAAGGUUUUGCCAUCAUUUCUGAGGACUUGGGAAUAGUGCAACCUGUUAUGGGUACCCUCGAGAGUCAGCAGCUACACCUCGGCUAUGGCGAUAGGAGUGUGACCUGCUAUCAUAGCGAAAACAUCAAUGAGGCUGAUGUUGAGAAAAUCGAUAGUUUCUGCAAGGCGAAGGAGCUGGAACUGUGGAACACCAGGCUUUUCAAAGAUUUGCAAAAAAGGGACGGAAAGACUGUAUAUCGAUUGAGACUGGCUAGCAGCAAGACAGGUGCUGUAAGCGAAGGUGCAUAG